AGGAGAGUCGUUUGAUUUGUGAUGAACGGGGGAGAAAUCACGGGCGUGGGAUAUUGAUUCAAUCUGUAAUUGAGGGUAUAAAUUUCCGAUUCAUCUAGGACGGGGGGGAAGGGUGUGUUUUGUAUUUGUGGUAAAACGAGGGGACGAACAGGAAGAAGAAGAAGAAGAAGAAGAAGAAGAAGCUCUCUGCUGUUCUUGUGGCGCUCCUUUGAAGCUUUUCCCUUUUGUUCUUAAUCUCUCGUUAUUGUUUUUUAAUCGAGGACGAAGCUUAGUGUUCUCAAUUCUAGUCCAGAAUGCCGAGGAUCUGUCAUUUGUAGACAAGCUUGCGGGUGGAACAAUUUCGCUCCGUGCUUCAAUUUUUCUCCGUCCUCUGCAAUUGAUCCAUCUGAAGGGUUAAUUAAAGAGAGUUGGGUUUUCUUUUUUGUUUAAUUUUUUUUUUCACGGAUACAUUCGGGAAUUUUUAGUUCAAGAAAUUCGGUGUGGAUUUGAUUUCUGAGCGAAUUUUGCUCCCUAAUUUGCCCUAUCGAUGCCGUCUCGUUUGUAAUCGUCGGAGGGCGGUUGUGAAGAUUACGGAGGCUUGAAUUUUUUAUGCAUUUGAACGGAUUUAAGCGUUUGUGUGAAGAAAUCCGCAGUGUUGUAUAGAUUGGAGAUUGGAUGUUGCCGAUGGAAAUACGGUUGUUCUUCGACAGUCAGAGAAGACGACUCUGAGAGAUGGAAUUCCGUCGUUCUAAUUUGGUUUCUGAUUCGCAUUCUCGCUUAGUCUGAAGAGCAAACGAAGCAAAACUCGUCUUGAUUUUUGGCUGUGCUUGGAAUUUCUUUAUAUCACAGUAAUUUAAACGCCUGAUGGAAAGGGAUCCUCCGAGAAGCAAUAACAACAGUAACGGCACCGCCAAUAAUAAAGUGGACAUUUCGGGUAGAAGCAGCAGCGGAGGAGCUGAAGGGUCGUUGCUAUUGAGAUCCAGUUGCGAUGCUACAAGACAGGCCGCUGCCGCCGCUGCCGCACCAUCGGACUUCCUUUUGCAGUGGGGAAACCGGAAGCGGCUUAGAUGCAUGAAGGUCCAAGGAAGAGACAAAAACGACCCGACCGCUCCGGCUCAUAGGACCACCGCCCGUAUCGACCGGCGAGUGGUGAGAGCCGACAAAGACUCCCCGAACCGGACCACCAUCACCCAUUCUCCUGCUGCUGCUGCUGCUAAUCAUAACAACAGCAGCAGCAAUGGGUAUUUGAAUCUUCGGCAAAGAGGAUCCUCCCCGCAGCUCCCACCUCCUCAUCAGCGCAUUCUCAGGAACUCGGAGACGACGGGGGCGAUGAGAGGGCACGGAAACUGCGGGGUCCGGGGAAUUGCCUCGCCGGACAGAGGGGCGCACGAUAGAAGAGGAAACAACAACCACCACCAUCAUCACCACUCUAACAACAACAACAACAACAACAAUCAUCACCAUAAUGAUAAUAACAACAAAUCAGCGGCUACAUCGGACACGGCGCACGAUAGCAAAAAGGGUGGGUCUUCGUCCGGUGGCAGUGGGGAGGCCGGUUUGCCCCAAGUGUGGCCGCCAAAAUUCGCGAUUGCUUUGACGAACAAGGAAAAAGAAGAGGAUUUCUUGGUCAUCAAGGGCUCCAAGUUGCCACAGAGACCCAAGAAACGUGCCAAGAUUAUCCAACGCACCGUCAACCUGGUGAGCCCGGGAGCAUGGCUAUCCGAUCUCACUCUGGAGCGCUACGAAGUUCGAGAGAAGAAGAUUUCAAAGAAGAGACCGAGAGGGUUGAAGGCAAUGGGCAACAUGGAGUCGGAUUCGGAGUGAGUUAGCCUAGCAGAAGCCUCUUAGGGGAUGCCAUGAUAUGUACAAACCACUGAUUCCCUUUCCAAAAUGAAGAUAGCUCUCAAGAUGUAGGGAAUUCAUUUUUGUUCCUUUGCUCUCUUAUUUAUUCAAUUUUAUUCACAUCCUUUUUGGUUCCUCUUUUCAAGUUUGAAGGUAGUAGUAGGAGAGGUUGAGGGUGUUUUUCAUCCAUUCUCUCCAAUUUGUACAUAUCUUGCACAUCACCCGCAUCGAUCUUAUAAAGGUUUUCUUCCGACCA